AUGGCCGGUGGCAAGAUCUACGAAACUCCUCCAACGUACGUCGGUAUGAUGCCAUCGGCCAUGGCUGGUAGUUUGCUCAAGUCCCGCGAACCUACGUACGAGACGCUCCGGAAUCCACCAUACUCGAUACCGAUGGUUGGACCCUCGAGUGAGACGGCCUCAAUGGUUGGGAACCUCGGUGCGACCCGGCUUUCGAUCAGCCAAAGUCACGAUGCGCUCCUGUCACCGACACGCCGUAGUCGAUCGAGCCGCAGUACUGACACCGAUCAGUACCCCUAUCUGGAGCGUAGGUCACCGAGUCCACACUAUUCCCGGAUCCGGAGACCUCAGCAACAGCAGCAGCAACAGCAGCAAUCGAGUACACUACCAUCUUCGAUGCGCUCCAGUCGUCGAAGUCAGCAGUACGAUGCCGGUGGUUACAGUGUAAUCCGUGAGGCAGCUCCCGGUACCAUGGCCGGGACCAGCUUCUACUCCACCGGCACGGGCAGCGGAGGUUCAACAUUGCCCAAAUCGUUCAGCAUGCAGCAACCAACGGCAACCGCAGAACAGAGGUCACGCAGCGCCGCAAUCACGGUCACCGGUCGCUCCACUUCGCUCCUAGCGAUGGGCCACGAAUACGCGGAAAUCAGUAAACCGGGGGCCGGUCUGGGCGCAGGCAGUAACCGGAAACCGAUUCCACCGCCCAUCAGUACCAUUCCGAGCAAUCGCGAUGGUGGACGCGCUACCGGUUCAACCGCGAAUCGCAACUCGACCCAGGUCGCCAGUAAAUCGAAAGCGCUAUCCUCAGAACGGACAUUGUCACCACCAAAGUAUGGCCGGACGGUAACCGGUCAAUCACCAACACAGGAACAACCACCACUGGCAGCAGCGGUAGUGCAGACAUCGAACGCCGUGGGUGUUAGUGCUUCCGGUGCGGAACGUAAAUCACGCGACCGGACAGCACCGAAGGGAAGCAAAAGCACUGAGGUGGUGGCGAAGGUACGGGACCGAUCACCGUCGGUUGUGAAGCCCAGUCCGGUGCAGGGCGAAAGCAAGGGAAAGUCACGCGGUAAAGAGCCGGGCACGGGGUUGGCCGGAAGGGCUACGACCGGUAGUACGAGGCGCCGCGAGUUCGUCAAGUCACAGCAACGGCAGCAUCAGCAGCAACGAGCGCAACAGCGUCAUCCGGCGGAUGAGGAGUGCACCGACGAUGAGGACGACGAUGAGGUGUUCCUGAGCGAUCAGGUGUACGAGCGGCCGGCCUACAACAACCGCAGUCAACCCGGAACGGGUUCUUCCUCGAAGGAAUCGUCAACAACACUCACGAGCAACGCCGCGGCCACCACGAUCCCUCCAGCGGCUGGGGGAACGACAGCAACUCAAGCAGCAUCCGGUAGCAGCAGUAGCGGUAGUGGUGGCGCUGGUCAACAGCAGCUGCAGCAACAUCAUCGUAAUGCCGAUUCAGCCUCUUCAAACCAACCUAAUCGUGCUGGUUCAGCCGCAGUCACAGCUCCCGCAUCAGCAGCCAAGCCAGCUCAAGCUUUCGAUUUUACGCUACAACCACCAACGUCGUCCUCCUCAUCGAGCGGAACUCAACCGCACUCGUCGACCUCUCCGAUCACCAACGACGGUGACGGUGAAGCCGCCGGAGCAAUGAAAACGAAAUCAAAACAAAAGCCAGAGCCCGGCGCCGGUGGCAGCACCAACAGCACCACUACCACUACAGCAGCAGCGACUACUUCGGGGAACUCGAAACCGGCCGAAGCCGAAGAGCUAGCUGUCACUCAGCAGCAGCAGCAGCAGCAGCAAUCGAACGAAAGCGAGAGUUUGCGCAGCAACGCAAAAGCUCCAGCUGCUCCCUCGCAAGAGGCACCGGUGAGUGGCGCAAGCUCUCAGCACAGCAUCACUACCACUACUACCACUAGCGGCAGCUCCAGCGCCAGCGCCAACGCCAGCAAAACAACAACAAUCGCCGGCAGUUCCCAACCUGAAGUCGCCGGCGACACAUCAUCGUCAGCACCUGCACCAGGAGCGGCAGCGGCAGCAUCAGCAUCAGCAUCGGCAUCAGCAUCGUCGCGUCGUCGUGACGUCGGUGGUGUGCGUUCGGCAGCGAGUGCGACUGCAAGCGCCGUGAACAACAGCAGAUCAAAGGACCAGCAGCAGCAGCAGCAGCCGCCACCAACCGGGAGCAGUGAACUGCCGGCUGGAGCAGCAGGAGCAGUAACCCCUGAUGAGGGGCCGCCAGCAGUGAACUCAUCAAUCGAACUACAAACCCAACCGCCAGCGGAAGAGCACACGAACGAAGCGGAUGGUAAUGAGCCGGGUGACCGGGUCACUGGCCAGGAUGAGUGCGACAUUAUCGACUUUCCAUUGCCCGAGCUUCCGGUGAGCAGUCGGCAGGAUCCGACCUCAUCCGAUAGCUUCUUCACGGCGACGGACGCCGAGGAUGGUGGUGGUGGUGCACACGAAGGGGAGGACGACCACGACGACGACGACGACGACGACGUCGAGGAGAACGACGCAGCGAAAGCACAAGCAUUAACACAAGAGAAGCGAAGUAGCAGCAAAAAAGCGGGAAAGCGUGACGACAGGGGACCGACAUCAAGGGAGGGUCAGCAGCAGCAGGAAGUGGCCGGCGCCAACAUGCAUUACCGGACGUCAGCGAACGGCGGUAAGCCGACCUAUCUGUUUGGCGAGAAUCUGAAGAAGAACGAGAUCUUCCUCAACAAAUCCGGCUGGGUGCAAGUGAGCGGUCAACCGGCACCCGGACGUCCCGGACCCGCUGCCUAUCAGUAUGGUGGUGUUGGUGGUGGUGGUGGCAUCGGAGGAACGUCUGGCAUACCGGAAGGAGCCAAAGUGUCCCGGAAGUACAUCGAGUACGACGAAAAUCGAUACGCUGCUGCUGGACGGACUGGAGCGGUCACUGGAAGCAAACUAGAGGACUUAAUCAACCGCAACGAUACGCGUGGCAAAGGGAUUGGCCCAAGGGGUGCUGGUAGUCAGCAUCUUCAACAGCAGCAGCAGCAGCAGCAACAACAAUUUCAGAAGGUGCAGCGGCAGGAUAAUGUAACGAUCUUGAAGAUCGAUCCAAGCGCUUCCAGUUCACUCAACAACCGACCGGCCUGCCUGUCCAUCAAACGGAACCUGGCUGAUGGAAGUCCACCGCCAGUUACACCUAUCCUCUCACCUCCUCCUGCCUUCCAAGACUCGCAGCAACAGCAUCAACAGCAACAGCAACAGCAGCAGCAGCAACAGUCCAACAAAACACGUCUCGGGGACAUUAAACCCGGAACCCGAAUAUUCCUUUCGGUGGUGGACAACGAAAACCACAAUCCCAAGGGGAUGGUCUUCUCCCGUAGCUUCGAGUACGAUCGACGGUUGAACCGGAGACCACCGGAGCACGAUGAACGUGGUCUCGAGCGAGCGUACAGUGCAGCGAGCGGAUCUACCGCGUCCGGUAUCGCUGCUGCUGGUGGUGUUGGUGGUACUGAUGCGUUUUCCAAAAGUUUCGACUACGACUUUGGAUCACCGUCAUCGUCGGGUGCCGCCGGUGCCACUGGUACGACACCGACUCAGCAAAAGCAACCACUGAAGAGCUCGCUAAUCCGGCGAACCCGUUCGCCCACGUUCGCCACGCUGACCGGCAAUUCACCGAACUAUCUGACGAAGAAGGAGAAACCACCGACGCUAAGCUCACCGAUCUUUCCCAAGGCCAUACCGGGCAACAGCUUGACCGUGAACCGGGCAGUGCUGGGGUAUGCGUCGAGUGAAUCGCUCCGUAAGUUCGAUCAGAACAAAUCACUUGACGGUGGCACGGUUCUCGGUGGCCACCGUUCCCGGCGCUCCCAGUUCUCGACCAAGGCCAACUCGGCCCCGGGCCUACCGUACGGUUUCCGGUCGGAUUCCGUCGGCAAUCAGCGGCUCAACUCCUGUGAUAGUGGGGCACGAUCGGAUUACUCCAACGACGACGUCGACGACGAUGACGACGAUGACGAUGAGGAGAUCAGCGAGGAUCAGUCUUCCUCGCUGGCACUGAGCUACAAAUCAUCGACAUCCUACAUCAACCAGAUGAAGGGACGGGCCACAUUCGGUACCGGCAGUCCGAACCAGAGCCAGAGCGGACUGCUGUCCGCCGGUCCGAUCGCGGGCACACACACACUCCUCAAGGCACAGCGAUCACUAACGCCCGAACGGCUCUACGACAACAACGACGAGUACGGUAGCAUGCGCAACCUGAAGAAGCAACGAUCUCUGACUCCGGAGAAACGCUCCCGGACACCGGAUGAUCGAAGCAAACGGAAAGGUGACCCAAGCAACAGCUCCCAGUCAUCGCUCGUAUCGCGCCAGAGUUCGGGCUCUCGCAGUAGUACGCUCGAGCGACAGCAGUUGCGCUACGAUGAAGGCUUCAUGCGUACCAGCAGCCGCAGCUCGUCCAGUUCGAGUUACAGUGGCCGGGGCGGGGACGAGAACGUACCGGCGACCAGCCCAAGCAAUAGCUACCGUCAGCGUGGUCAGCUGAGGGGUAACGUGCGCCAUCAGCCGGUGGCUCUCGGUGGCGACUACAAAAUCCGUCGAUCGAGGUCACUGCAACUGUCGGAACGAUCGCCGAGUCGCCAGCAAAUGCCAGUGCAGCAAAUGCCCCACAAAGUGGUCGUCCGGUUGGGCACGAUGCCUCCGAAGGAACGGCCAGCUUACGCCACCAGCAGUGCGAACAUUAUCGGACCGGGCCGUGCAGCCAAAGGUGCGACUCCGUUACCGCAGAUGCUGAGCCACGACAGUCUGAUGGCCGGUGGGCUACUGUACAGUCGCAUCUCGCCCAGCAGCACGUUGGAUCGGUUGCGCCGUGAGACGGCCUCCAAUACGCUCGAGGUGGUCGACAAGAGCAAAUCCUUCGACAACAACAACUACGGCCUUAGCUCCGGUAGCCUCACGGGAGUGACAGGGCUACCGUACGAGUACGCCGAGUUCGACAAGAGCAAAUCGUUCGACGAUAACCUCGGCCAUGGUCCAGCGGAUCGCGACAAGCGGACGUACGUGACGAACGAGAAGCGAUCGUACUCGCACGAUCGAGUAUUCGGUUCGACCGGUACAUCAUCGAGCAACGAGUAUACCGGCACUAGUCAAUCGUCGGCCUCGCGCCAACAGCGCUCCCCACAGACGUCCCUGUUCGGUGGACUCAAUCGGAUGUACGAUCCGGAGAUACACCGGGCCACGAUGGCCCGGUCACCCGUCAUGAUGGGUGCCAGUGCCGGCUACCGAUCCAGUUCGGCCCAUCACCGGGGUCUGGUGUCACGUGAACGGUCGCCGGUGCCGGGACAGGGUACGGGGCGCUAUCCGCCACCGACCGACCUGUACCUGAUGCGGCAGCAAACGCCCGACUCCGAGUACGACUCGGAGCGCCUAACGCCGGAGUAUGGAGUGGUGGCAAGUGAAGGGCCCAUCGCGGCCGGACCGGUCACCACGUUCAAGGAGGCCGAGCUGGUCAAGAAGUUCCUGUACGCAACGAAGAACAAGAUACAGAUGCAUCGCGAAUCGGCUGGCCGAACCGCGGUAGCCACACCAUCCUCGACGCUGACCACCGGGACGCCCUCGUCUGGAAGUUGUACCGCUAGCUCCUGCGACUUUUGGCCACAUUGUGGCGUGUCGUCGGCCGGUGCAACGACGGCAGGCACUACCGCGACAACAGCUGUGGCCAGUGCGCAACUGCACCAACAGCAACAACAACAACAGCAGUCGCAGCAGCAGCAGCACCAGCUGGUUGCGAUCGGCGACACGCCGCAGCAACACCAGUUGCCGAAGUCGGGUAGUGAGAACUGUUUGGGUCGCAAAGUGAAGCGUACGGCGGACUCCGGCGGUGGCAGCGGGAGUGACUGUGUUGUUGUAGGACCACGUGCGAACGGGACAGGUGCUGGUAGUGGUGGCUCGGGGGUAAUCGUCGGGAUCGGUGGUAUCGGCAGUGUUGGCAGUGGUGGUGGUGGUGGGGCCCGGAAAUGA